AUGAGAAACCCGAAAAAGGGCCGUCUCCAAGUGUUACUCUUUCUGAGUUGUGAUCAUUUUUCUGGUUUUUUAACAUGUGGCAAAAAAAAAAUGGCAACUGGUGAAGAAGAACAACAAGAAACAUCUUCACCCACAAUCGACCAUCAGACAACAUCAUUGUCAUCGACGUCAUCAACAUCAUCAGCAUCGUCAAUGUCCACACCAUCAUCGAUGGUGUCAGAUGUGAACAAAACUGUUUGGGCGAAAAAAGACCGUCAACGUUUGAAAAGACUUGGAGGUGGUUGUGAUAGAGGUGGAUAUGGUCGAGGAGGAUGUGGUCGGGGUAGCGCAGGUCGAAGUGAUGAUGGGCGCUCUCACCGGAAUCAACCAGGUUAA